AUGGACGACCUCUCAUUCCUCGACGAAGGCUGCGAGCGAUACCAGGUCGAGGCGACCCUAAAGGUAGCACUCCCUGGCGGCCAAGUCUGCCACAUCUCAGAUCGCAUCAACACGUUCAUGUUCGUCGAGUCGUGUCCAUUGCUCUACAUUGCCUUUGAAGAUUGCCCCUACGGCCGCCUUCAAGCCAGCAUCGAGGCCACAUCCACGACGGCUGCCAUCUCCCUCCUCCGCUACUGCUAUACCCGUACCUACUUCCACCCCGACCCAGAGUUCGAGCCGAUAGCGUUACUGCCUGAUGUGGAGACGUACAAGAUUGCAGAAGACUUUGAUGUUGAUCAACUGCGACGCAUGGCCCAAGGCAGUCUCUCUUCCAAUUUGGAAAUGGCCAUGUAUCAACAUGUCCCCCCGCAAGACCUAUUCGACACCAUCCGCUUUGUAUAUCACCACUAUACCAGCGUAAACGUAGGCAGAGACCAUUGGCUACUCAGCACACUCCUCAACUACUGCAUCUCCGUCUUCGCACAGUACGAUCUUGAGCACGACCCAGAGUUCCGCAUGCUCCUCGAAGAACUCCCAAAGUUCAGACAAGACUUGUGUGUGGAAAACAUGCGCCGUGGAUUCGGAGAUGAAUGCGCAUCCAACAUCAUACAGUUGAGCUAUACUACGCAAGGACCUAACCCCAACAUCCUACCCACCGUUCUCGCAUCCAGAGAUCUACCCCAAGACAUGAUGUCCGACUCCAUUCCUGAUAUACCCAUGGAGACACACGACAGUGCUCCAGCGUCUAGCAUGCAAAGCCCCGAGAAGCUGCUGACGCUCAGUACCUCCGACGCCACACAUGACCAGCCAGUCGAAGAAAACAUGAUCGACUCCGUCAUCGACUUCACCACAUCUUCGCUUCCCCUUCGCCCUGCGCGCAGCACACAGCUCCCCACCAUCUUCGACACAGAAUGUGAGUCCUCGGAAGAUGAUGACCAUGGCUUUACACUGGUAUGUCGGCCUAAAGUACAUUUCAUGGCACAUCCUACAGAAGAUCCAAUGUCCAGUCCGGAAAUCAUCGCUACUCCUGUGUUUGAUGUGCUGGCUGCAAGUGGUACUCCUUACCCCGGCGACGACGACGAAUGGGAGAUGUUGGGGUAG